AUGCCUCGAUGGCUAAUGACGACACAGCCCUCGUCUUCGCCCUUAACCGGUUGUCUGAGCCCAGUGAUGGACCCAUUCCUGGCGACCCGACCCCCAACCCAUCCCGCCACGUUCGCUUAUGAUCAGCACCAGAUGCAGGUGGGGUUUUGGGCACGAGUUUUGGGGAUUGCGCAAAUUUUUGAGGGAUUUUUUGGAAGGAUUUAAUUUUUUUGGUUUUUUUGAUGGAAAAAAUCAAUUUUGAACAAAAUCUUUUAAUGCAAAUGGAAGAUAAGACUGUCUGGAAUUAUUUUAAAUUUCAGUUUUUGAAUUUUGCAAUCUUUAAAUAAGAAAAAAAUUUAAUUUUUUUAGCAAAAAAUCAAAAAUAAAUUGGAUUUUUCGAUUUUUUCAACAAAAAAUCAUUUUAAAAAAAAAAUUUUAUGAAACAGAAACUCAAGCUCACUUUUUGCCACCGAAUUUUUUAUUUUUCCAAAUUUCAGUCGGGUCCAUCUGGUAUGAACCUAAAAAUCGACCGUAAUUCCCUGGCCACACCCUCUUCCUCGAAUCCGAAUCAAGAUCCUUGCGCUCAAGUGGUUCAGGUGCUCCUCUGCUAUCAUCAAGUAAGUCAAAUGUUACAUUUACUUUGCAAUUUUAGGGCGGAGAAGACCCGGAUUUCAUAAAAAAAGCGAUCGAAAGUCUGGUGAAAAAGUUGAAGGAUAAACAACGGGAGUUGGAUGCGUUGAUCUCGGCGGUUACGUCCAGUGGAAAACAAGCCACGUCAUGUGUCACCAUCAAUGUAAGAUUACAAUUUAUUACGUAAUAUUUUGGAUUUUCUUAUCGAAAAUAUUUUGAUUUCGAAAUGAUGACAAAACUGGCGAUGACAAGGGCGAUUGGAAUUUUUGAAUUAAAAACAUACUUUAUCAGUUGUGUUUACUCCGGAAAUGAUAAAAGGUGAAUUACUGUAGAAUUUGGUGGAAUUUUUGUAUAAAAAGAUAGCUCAGGAACUUCCGAUGGCUUCGAAUUAAAUUUAAAACUGAUUUUGCAAGGAUAAACUGGGAUUCUAAGAAGUUAUAGAUAGUAAAAGACAAGGAAGAAAAGAUAUCAUUACCUACAACGAAAUGCCUGGUGCUCAAAGAGGAAUGCUCAGAUUUACUCAAAAUUUGGUGUGUUGGCUCUAAACUAACCAAGAAUCAUUUUCUAAAAGUUUCAGAUCUCGGUCUUCAGCGCAAGCCGAGUUACAAUAUUUUCAACGAGAGAGCACGCAAAAUGAGGAGAGUCAGCCAGACAAAAAAAUGCGUUUGCCAAUAACUUUUUCACUUCUUUACGCAAGAUUUUCAUCUUCUCUAGAAACAUAUACUAGUACUUUAGCAGUAGAAAAUAGCAUAGUAAUCGUUCUAUUUACCAAUUCCCCUCAAAAAAUCCAAAAAAAUAAUCAAAAUGUCUUUAGCGAUCGCUGGAUGGUCGAUUACAAGUCGCUGGUCGAAAAGGUGUCCCACACGUGGUCUACACACGAAUUUGGCGUUGGCCCAACGUCAGCAAGAACGAGUUGCAGAAGCUUCCCGUCUGCACAACCCCUUCGGAUCACCCCGACUUGAUCUGUAUAAACCCCUUUCAUUACGACCGAAUUGUCUCCUCCUCCAUUGGCAACAUCGAUAUGAACUCGUUGCGGAUGGACGGAGUCGGUCAGUGUAACAGCAACCAGGAUGUGGACAUGUGUGUUCAGAAUUCGCCGGAAAUGGCGGAGCAAAAAGACUCGAUUAAACCCUUCCUCAUGUACGGCCCACAUCAACAGCCUUCGUAUGUGGUGUCGCAUUUGCCGACCGGCGAUACGAUAAGCACAACGACUAUCCCGUCGUUUAUGCAACUCUCUCCCACGGAGAACAAGGAAAUUCAUUGGAAAUCGAGGGAUUACGGGAAUCAGGACUUUCCGUCGGGAUCCAAAGAAAAUGGAAACAACUUUGGAAAUCAGCGCUACAACUCGUUGCGAUGUAACUUGAGUAGAGUCAGGAUACCGAAUACUAGUCGUAAGUUUAUUUUCAAGUAGAAUAUUGCAUAACCCAAGGUUUUUGGAAAAGAAUUUGAGAGUUUAUAUUAUAUUAUAUAAAAGAUGGCAUACAGUAGUGGGUUCUAAACUUCAAAGGCCUAUAUUUCGAUGGUAUUUGUAAAAUACGUUCUGUGAAUACUUGCCAGCACUUAUUGUCCUAUAGACUGCAUAUAUACCAAGAUUUGUGUUAUUAUUCGUAUUCAGCCAUAAAAUAUAACAAUUUUUAUAUUAACGUACCCAGUGCAAUAUGCUGAUGACAAAACUGAUAUAAGAAGCAUGCGAAUAAAGCAAAAUUAAACAAGUUGUGAUUUUUAGAUUCUUUUUAGACGUCUGUAGCUCCAACAGCUUUAUUUUUUGCAAAAAUAUCUGCCUAUCGCAUCAAAAUUUCAAGUACAAUAUCAAAAGUCUGAACCAGCGUAAAGUUCGAAAAUUUCAGCAGUUUCCCAUUGGUGUUCGAUUUCCUACUACGAGCUGGACACACAAAUUGGCCAGACCUUCAAGGUUCCUCGAGAUCAAGCCGAGGUCACCAUCGAUGGGGGAAUGGACCCGGCCGGGGCAAGACUUGGCCGUUUUUGUCUCGGCGCCCUCUCCAAUGUACAUAGAAGUGAGGCAUCCGAAAAAGCAAGGUGGGUAAAAUACGACGCAAGCAGUUCUCGAGUUAAAAUUAUUUUUUGAGUUUGAAAUUAUACUACAGUAGACCCUCAACUGAAAUUUUUGAUGAUUUUUCAAAUUUUAGGAUUCAUAUUGGCCGAGGGAUCAAAAUCAAACAAACCCAGGAUGGGAACGUCUAUCUGACCUGUUUGUCGCAGAAAGGAGCGUUCGUUCGGAGCUAUUUCCUCGACUUUGAGCAUGGGUUGGUCUAUGGCAGCACGGUGCACAAGUUUAGUAUCGGCGCGGAGAAAAAGGUAAAUUUUCGUAGAGUUUGUAGCUUAUUUGGUUCAAUUAUGGCUCGAAAUUUGUCGCAGUUGGACGAUUGGAGAAAAAAAUUAUUUUUCUUCCAUGUCGAAGUUAGGAUAAUCGAGGGUGCUGAUUUCGAAAUGGCACUCAUUUUUUGAUUCUUACUUUUUUCCUUAACUAGUACUGUAAAGUAGUAAUUUUUAAAUUUUUUUCAUAAAUACUGGAUUUAGGGGUUUUUGAGGGUGCUGAUUUCAAAAAUCAUGUUCGUUUUUUACUUUUUUCUUAAGUAGUACUGUUAAGUAGUAAUUUUAAAAAAAAUUUCCAAAAAUACUGGAUUUAGGGGGUUUCGAAGGUGCUGGUCUCGAAAAUUAUGUUAAAUUUUUCUCUAGUACUAAAUAGUACUAUCUGAUACUAUGUAGUACAAGGUGUAAAUUUGGCCUUUCGGUGUUAGUGGUGUUGUUCUGGUCCUUGGUACUCCUAUUUUCACUUCGUACUACAUAGUAUCAGAUAGUACUAUUUAUUUAGUACUAGAGGAAAAGUUAACAUAAUUUUUGAGACCAGCACGUUCGAAAACCCCUACAUCCAGUAUUUCCGCAAUUUUUUUUUAUUUAUGGAAAAAUUCAAAAUUACUACUUUACAGUACAGGGUGGGCCACUCGAAACGGGUAGGUUUUUUCUUUAAAUUUCUCCGCGGAGACUCCGCCAAUUUUCCCGAAAUUUAGAUUUUUCUGUAGCUGAGACCCGCCAUUUUUAACCGGUUGAAUUUGAAAAAAAAUAUAUUUUGAAUUGACCUUUCUAUGCCUUCCCAAAGUUUCGAAGAAUUAUUUUCGGGCCGAAACCGCUAAAACUUGGAAAAUUUUUGGAAUUAUUUCGAAAACUUGGUCAUUUUUUCGAGUUUUUGGGUGAAAUUUUCCAAGUUUUGCCUCAGAUAACGAUAAAAUAUUGUCGUAAAAACAAUUUUAUUUAACGACCUGAUUAUUAAUAUUUCUAUCUGAGUCCGAAAUGCCCAUUUCCUCUCGCAGCACAAACUUGUAGGAGCUUUGAGAGUCAUGAGAGUCGUGAACAGCUCGAAUUGCAGAUCGUGAACAUCGUCUAUCUUUAAUCGGGCUGGGCUCCAAGCUUCAAUGACUUGGAGCUGGGGCUCGUUGCCAAUUGUGUGGACUUUUGCAAUCUUUUUGAAAUCUUGUUUUUUUUUUGAAUGUUCGUGCCCUAAUGGUAAUACAAACAACCCUCUUGUGGCUUUCAACUUGCUUUUAAACAAGUUUAAGGCGAGCACUAGCAACUUUUUACUCCGCGAUUUCCCCCAAAAAAGCCAAAAAUUUUCCAAGUCCGAGAAAGUCAAUUGAAAAUCAUUCCAAAAAUUUUCAAAGUUUUAGCGGUUUCGGCUCGAAAAUAAUUCUUCAAAAUUUUGGGAAGGCAUAGAAAGGUCAAUUCAAAAUAUAUUUUUUUCAAAUUCAACCGGUUAAAAAUGGCGGGUCUCAGCUACACAAAAAUCUAAAUUUCGGGAAAAUCGGCGGAGUCUCCGCGGAGAAAUCCAAAGAAAAAACUUACCCGUUUCGAGUGGCCCACCCUGUACUACUUAAGGAAAAAAGUAAGAAUCAAAAAAUGAGUGUUAUUUUCGAAAUCAGCACCCUCGAUUAUCCUAAUUUCGAGAUUUGCAUGGAAGAAAAAUAAUACUUUUCGGUUUCCCCAAUCGUACUUUUCCCCAAUGGUCCCAGUUCCAAAAUUUUUACAGUAACCUUUUAAAAAAAAUUUUUUCCAGAUCUUCGACCUCCGCUGGGCCUUUUCCGAAAUGUGCGAGCAGCGUCAAAGCGCACAACUUGCGGUCGCUGCACAAGCCUACGCGGUCGCCGGGAUUGGUCAGAACGCCGUAGCGCCCUCUGUAUUAGAGCGAGCGGGGACUGGAGUGGACGAUUUGCGACGAGUCUGUUGCACUUUGGCCAUCAGUUUUGUGAAGGGUUGGGGCACCGGCUACAACAGAUCCACCAUAAAGGAGACGCCCUGCUGGGUGGAGGUUCAGUUGCAUCGACCGCUGCAACUGCUCAACGGGAUUUUGAGGAAAACUGAGUGA